AUGCUAAUCACUCACUUGCAAUAUAUAAAUCCUUCCUCUUUUUAUUUUCUUAGUCUAAUCAAAACAAGAUCGUAAAUAUCUCUUUUCGUGAUAAGCUUUAACUAAAUUGAACGAUUGAUAAUUACUUAAAUAAUAAAGAAGUUAGCGUAAAAAUUAAUUGAAACAAGAAAAAGAAAGAAACUUACGAAAAAAUAAAAGUUAAGAUUUCAUAUAAUAAUCAAAACAAAAAAAAUAAUAAAUUAUUAUAAUAAUAAAAGGAAAGAAUUCGUAAAUAGCUUAACACUCCAUCUACUUAUUUUAAUUAUAAUUUCAAAGCAAAGGAAGCAAAAGCUUAAAAGACAAAACAAACAAAUAAAUAAAUAGCAUUCACAAAAUUUAUCUUUAUAGAGAGUAAUAAACUAAUUCCUUAUGAAGGUGAAUUAAAAAAGAAAUUCCUAUACAAAUUAAUAAAAUUAAGCUCUCUUUAGUAGGCAGUAGUAGUAGUAGCCAAUAAAUUCGGUAUCAUGCAAAAAUCUUAAAUCUGAUUAGUAUAGCAUUUAAGAUUUGAAUAAGUUCAGUCCUAGCAAAAUGGGUGGUAAAAGUAAGUAAAAACUUAUAGAAUUCUAAGUACCAAGGGCAAAUUUAGAUUUAUCGAGCUAAUAGUAGGGAAAUAAGGAGUAUUUAUAGAUUUAACAAUAGCAUUAGCAAUCAUACGGAAACAUAUCUUCAUAAAAUUUUGGUUUAUAAUACUAAAAUAAUAAUUAUUCAAGCCCUUCUUCUUUUGCAAUAUCGAGUUCAAAUUCACAUUAAAAAUAUAGAUCUCACUCAUCUUCUAAAAUAUUAAGGACACUAGAAAAUAGUUUAAGCAACAACAUAAAUAAUCCUAGCGAUCAAAUAUUUAAUUCUCUUUGUAAUUAGAGUGCUAAUUAAGGAAAUGUUAUUAAUAAUAGUUAGUUGUAGCAUAGCUCUAGUUUAAACACUGCAGCGAGCAGUUCGAAUAAUAACAAUAAUAUGAGUUAGUUGAAUUUAUCUUCAAUAAAUACAGCUAAUAUGAGUUGCAAUAGUCCUAGCAAUUUUAUGAAUUUACAAAUGUCAUUUUAAAAUGGAUUUACAGCCUUGAAUAAUAGCAUUUAAAACCCAAUAAGUCCUAACCCUUUUACAAUAAAUAACACUUCUAUGAUUUAAAACUAAUAAUAAAUUACUCCAAUAUCUUUAAAUUCUUAAAUGAAUAGCUCUCUUUACAGUGUAAACAAUGGAUAGGUAUCUUCUUAAGCCUAAACAAGUCAAGGGUUUAAUAUAUACAGCUAAUAAAAGCUACAAAUUUUAGCAUUAGAGCAAAUGAACAAAUGCAUAUAACUCAGUAGUUAUAAGGAAGCUUAGAAAAUUAUAGAAUCAAAUAACAUCACUGCUGAGGAAAUUUAUUCAUUUAAAGAAAGGUCUAACGAAAAUAUAAUUUUACAUAGCUUGGCACUGCGCUAGGAUUCAAGUGUAUUUUUAAAAUAUCUAGAUACCCACAUGACAAUAGAAUUUAAUUAAGUAAAUAGCUCAGGAUAAACUCCUUUAAUGCUUGCUUGCAUGAAAGGAAAUUAUGAUGUCGCUAGAUUUUUAGUUUCGCAUAAAAGUGUAGAUAUAAAUUCCUAAGAUCUCGCAGGUAACUCAUCUCUUCACUACGCCUGCAUGUAUGGAUAAAGAAAAAUUGUUGAGAUGUUAUUAGGGUAAAAACAGGUACAGUCUUAUAUAAAAAAUAAUGAUGAAAAGUAGCCAAAAGAUAUGACAUAAGAUUCAAAAAUAUUACAGCUAUUUAAUAAAUUUAGAAAAGUGAAUCUUGAUUAAAGUUAUAGCAGUGGUUCUGCUGCUAUGAACAUAACUUUAAGCUACAUAAAUAAGUAAGAUUUAACCAACACAAGCCAAUAUAAAGAUUCUCCAAGAACAAAUUCAAGGUCUAGACAAAAUAACAUUUAAAACUCUGCAUCUAAUUCUUAGCAUCAUAACAACUAACUCUAAAGAUCUCACUCUAAUUCAUCUCAUUCUUCUAAUCUUUAAAGUUUGCACUAUAAUUUUGUCAGCAAAUUAAAUAAAUCUACCACUAAAAAUACAUUUCUCACUCUGAAAUAAGCUCUUAAUUCAUAAAACUAAACUACUAUUUCAGGUUAAAAAAAUGAUAGCAAUCCAAAUUCAAACAAAGGAUCAUCUGUAAAUAGUCCAAUUAUAAAGCGCCACCAUUCUCCAAACAUACAUCUAUAGAAAGCUAAAUCUGCUAUACAUCCUCCUGCUGUAUCUACAUUUUUUACACAAACUUAAUAGUAAGCAAAUAGUCCAACUGAUUUUAUACUAAAAGGAUUAAAUUAACUUAACGAAUCACAAGUCAAUUUAGGUACCAGUAAUAAUUAUGUUAACAAUAAUCCAAAUAAUUAAACAAAUUAGACAGCUUCUUAAGUUUUAAAUAACUCUAUAAGCAUGAAUUAUUUCGAUAAGAAUUUCAUGACUCCAAAUAAUAAUAACAACAACAAUUAAAAUAAUCCUAAUUCUUAUUUAUCUUCUGCUGAAGGAAGCAAUAAAAAUUAACCAUCUUAACAAUUAAAUUAUUCCACACUGUAAUAAUAAAAUCAAUAAUUUAACCAAAGCAUGAAUGCAUUAUUUAAUUUACAACCUUUCUCUUAAAGCAAGAGUAUGAAUAACUUUCUUUAAUCAAAUACUUAAAGUCUAAACAGCAUAGCUAACUAAAUUCAUAACCCUAAUACCUUAACUUAGAUGAGCUAAACUUCGAGAUAAAUGACUUAAGGUUGUAACUAAAUGGAUAACGAAAGUGGUUCCUUAAAUUAUAUUCCAAUAAACUAUGGUAUGCUAGAGAGUGUGAAUGUUAGCACAAAUAAUUUCACCCCAUCAUAAUUGUAAUCAAAUAUAACAACACAAAAUAAUAUAGGAGAACCAAUAAAUGGAAAGAAAAGCAGUUAACCAAAUUUAAGUUAUGUAAUAAAUAACAGCAGUAAUCUAAAUGGUAACUAAAAGGCGGAAUAAACUUAAUUACUCUCUAAUGGCUAUGAAAAUGAAGGUAGUGCUAUCAAUAAUAUUUCUUUAGUAUCUCCUUCGAAAAGCAUUUCAAAUAAUACAUAAUAUUUCAAUUAUAAAACACCCAGCUAGACUAUCAAUAAUAAUUUGAACAAUGGUUCUCAAAAUCAUAACAGCACAGCCAAAACAUAGUGUAACUCACCACUUUUGUAGAGUGCAUAAAUGUAGCAUCACUUAAAUACGAUAAAUAAAAUUAUUGAAAAAAAAUAACGUAGCAGAAGCCAAAAUUAAUUUUCCAAAGCCAAAUCUUAAGUUGGACCAAUAGCUGUUAAUUAAAAUAAUAACAAUACAAACAGUCAACAAUCUUAAGCGCCUUCGAAUGCAUAAGCAAAAAUUUCAACUUUUGGUACAAAUGCUGCUGCAUCAACUCCAAUGAAUAAAGAUUAAGCUUAAGAAAAUAAAAACAGUUCUGAUUCUAAUGAGAGUACAAAUAAUACUUUGCAAACAGCUUCUUAGUAAGCAUUUCAUUAAAGUGUAUCACUAAAGAUUCAAGGUUCAAAUAAUGUUAGUUAAACUAACAUCCUCACCAAUAAUUCAUGUGGACCUCUUUCUGCCACCUCAAAAGCUAAUUUUUUUAAUUCUUAGAAUUAAUCAACAAAAAAUAAAUAAAACUCACAAUAAAAUGUUUUAGGAGCAGGAGGUUAAUAUGCAUUUUAAUCUGCCUACACAUCUCCACAACUACAGUCAUCCUCAUUAUAACAAUUUAAUAAUUAAAUAGGUCAUAUUGACUAAAUAUUCUUAAAUUCUCAAACAAAUAAUCAAAACAAUUUAUAGUAGAAUCAGCAAGCUUUACUUAAAUAUUUGCCACAUAACAAAUAAUCUACACCAAACUAAUAAAGUUAAAAUAUUUCUCAAAUUCAACCAUAACAAAAUUUCCAACUGUCUUCUAAUUAAUCUUAACUGUACGGUAUAGAAAUAUACUCAGUUUAUGCACAUUUAGGUAGUGGUAAUUAUGGUGAUGUUUAUUUAGUUGAGCAUAAUAAAAAUAAGAAAAAGUACGCAAUGAAACUGCUUGACAAAGAAAAACUCAUAUAAAAAAAUAUGAUGAAAUAUGCAAUUGCAGAAAGAAAUGUAAUGCAAAAGUGCAAUUCUCCAUUUAUUGUAAAAAUGUAUCAUUCAUUUUAAACCGAUACACAUCUGAUAAUUACUAUGGAUUACUGUCCAGGAGGAGAUCUUUACACUUAUUUGUUAUAGAAAAAGAGGUUUGAAGAGGAAUUAGCUGUGAAAUAUUUAAGCGAAAUAUUGCUGGCCGUUGAAGAACUUCACUACCAUGAUGUAAUUUAUCGUGACAUGAAGCCAGAGAAUAUUGUGCUUGGUAGCGAUGGACAUGUUAAAUUAAUUGAUUUUGGACUUUCAAGAGAAAAUAUGGGAGAAGGAGUUGCUUAAUCAUUUUGUGGGUCAGCAGUAUAUUUAGCUCCAGAAAUAAUUAGCAAAAAAGGUCAUAACAAAUCAGUUGAUUGGUAUUAAUUUGGUGUGCUUGCUUAUGAAUUAAUGGUUGGCUAACCUCCUUUCAAUCAAUUAAAUCGCAAAGAAUUAUACUUCAAUAUAUAAAAUAAAAAAGUCGAAUAUCCUCCUUACUUAUCUUUUAAAGCUAAAUCUUUAAUAUCAGCACUUUUAAAUAAGAAUCCUGAAGAAAGAUUAGGAUCAGGUCGUGCUGAUGCCUAACAAAUAAAGGAUCAUCCAUUUUUCGAUUAAAUAAACUGGUUUGAUGUUAAAUAAAAAAUAUUUGACAUGCCUAAGCCUCCAGCUCCUAAUCCUAUCAAAGACUUUAAAGUAGACAUAAAAAUAAAUAAAAAUAAUUUAAGUACUAACUAAUUAAUACCUGGAUGGUAUUACAUAGAUGAAUAAGAAUUAAUUUGA